CGCUCCCUUGAUGGGCGGGUUCUCGAUCCCCGUGGCGGCCUGGGUGAUCGGGAGGCACCUGCAGGCAUGGGGGAGGCCCGGACUGGCACGGGCGCGCCGGCUGAUGGGCUAGCUCCCGCAGGGUUGCCGAUGCCGGAGGCCGGCGUGGAGGCGGAGGUGGCGAAGCUGCUGCCCUUCCUGGCGCCCGGGGCGCGGGCGGACCUGCAGGCGGAGGCGGUGCGGCACGUGCUGGCGCUGACCGGCUCUGGGCCCGGUCGGGCGCUGCUGGCUGGCCAGGCGGCGCUGCUGCGGGCGCUGGUCGAGCUGGCUGCGGCCGCGGCCCCGGCCCCGGCCCGCGACGCCGCUCGUGCGCUCGUCAACCUGGCUGCCGAGCCCGGCCUGCACGAGCGGCUGCUGGAGGCCGAGCCCGCGCUGCCUGCCCGCCUGCUGGGCCGCGCGUUGGACCCAGCGUGGCCCUGGGCCGAGGAGGCGGCCGCCGCGCUGGCCAAUCUCAGCCGCGAGCCGGCGCCGUGUGCCGCGCUGAUGGCAGCGCUGGAGGCCGAGGAGCCGGGGGAGUCGGGCCUGGAGCGGCUGGUGCGCGCGCUGUGCACGCCCGACUACAACGCCCGGGCGCCCCUGCAUUACCUGGGGCCAGUGCUCUCCAACCUCAGCCAGCGUCCCGCGGCGCGGGCCUUCCUGCUGGACCGCGAGAGGUGCGUGGUCCAGAGGCUGCUGCCCCUUACCCAGUUCUCAGACUCCUCGGUGCGCAGGGGCGGGGUGGUGGGGACUCUCCGAAACUGCUGCUUCGAGCAUCGACACCACGAGUGGUUGCUUGGGCCCCAGGUGGACAUUCUCCCUUUCUUGCUGCUGCCCCUGGCUGGGCCUGAGGACUUCUCUGAGGAGGAGAUGGAGCGGCUGCCUGUCGACCUGCAGUAUCUGCCGCCAGACAAGCGGCGAGAGCCUGAUGCUGACAUCCGCAAGAUGCUCCUCGAGGCCAUCAUGCUGCUAACAGCCACAGCGUCUGGUCGGCAGCAGGUGAGAAACCAGGGAGCCUACCUGAUCCUGCGUGAGCUACACAGCUGGGAGCCAGAGCCCGACGUGCAGGUGACUUGUGAGAAACUCAUUCAGGUGCUCAUUGGGGAUGAGCCAGAGCCGGGCAUGGAAAAUCUGCUGGAGGUACAGGUGCCCGAGGAUGUGGAGAGACAGCUGCAGCAGCUGGACCACCAGGAGCUGGAGCAGCACACCCAGGUGCGGCCACAGGAGCUGGCCCCAGAACCACAAGCAGAGGGGGCUACACCCACCUGAGGCCCUUGCAACCCACCACCGGCUCCAGGCCCACCUUUGCCAGCCCUUCAGUCCAGGCCUUCCUGCAGCCACCCGCAGGCCUCUGGGUCUCCUUGCUCAGAGGUUGUUCCCUGCUGAAAAGCAGAACUAUGCUUACGCUCAGGGUGAGGUGUCUAGGGCGAAUGCCCAAUAAACCUGCGAGGGUCGGGGUACCUCCUCGUGCCCUCGAGCAACUCAGCUUGCUCAGACCAGCACUGAUCAGCCAGAGCUAGUCACGCCCUGUGACUCUCAGGUACGUACCUCCAGGAAGGUGGCCGAUGGGGCUGGACAGAUAAGCCGUACAAGCCUGAGCA